GUCGUGGUAGGCUAUGCUCCCCACACCAUCCCGCACUACUCAGCCUCGCCAUCUCUUCAGCGUCAUAUAAGAUUAGGCAGCUCUGUUUGCUUCCUCUCUGCUUCCCAACUUCCCAACUUUUCAACUUCCCCCCACAAUAUUACUACUAUCUGGCACUACACGUUCACAUUACUCCUUCGACAAUAUGCCCGUCACCCUGACCACAGCCGAGCAUCCCCCCCGCAGAUGGAAGGCACCAAAGGUAUCUUCCGCCGAAGAGCUCCUCAAGGGCGCCAGCCCGAAGAAUCAUCGCCGAAGCCGAAAGUUGAUACAGAACUCAUUUUCUCAAAAUCUCCUUAGCACGUCCCACGUUUCAGCCUCGAGUCACGGGUUUGUAUGGGCCGUGUUCCACGCCUACAGUGACCAUCACCAUCUGACACUCCGGCCCGAAGACGUGUGGUUCUCUAUUCUCACUCAGCUCGGUUUCUUCGUGAAUGCACACGCAGAGGAGCUACGGUCCUUUUUUGUUGCCCACGAGGGCCAAAAGGAAUUAGAGGUGUACGAUGUGGGAACUGUGGAGACUGUUGAUUUCGGCAGGUUGGCCUUGCAUAUGACAAGGUUUAUUGAGAAAAAUGUGGUGGAUAAGGAUCUACGAAGCUGGAUCAUGCCGGAUUUUAGCACCACGACCAAGUCCGACAAAGUUGUCGGGGCUAUUUUGAUGAUGGGUGCCUUGCAGAAAUACUUCUCUUAUAAGAUGAGCCUAUCAUGUGGGAUUCCAUCCGUGACCUUGUUAGGCGAGCGAGAGGACUGGGCGCGAAUGGUGACGAAGAUUGACAAGCUACGUCAGUUGGGAGAUGAGCCCGCGCGAUUUGCUCAGCUGCUUCGACCAGUCCUGAAUCAUUUUGUUGCAUCGUUCGACCGACCCGACGCACCGGAUGUGCUGACAUUCUGGAGCAAAUGCGCACACAAAGAGUCGAUGAGAAGCGGACCGAAUUAUCUGACUGGGUGGAUCACGGUCUUCUGUUUCUGGGAUGAAAAGGGACAGUUAUUGCACCGAGAAAACAUGCAGUCGUCCUCCUCGCGAAAAUUUGAGUCACGGGAGACUGAGUUCGGGCUGGAUGACGCUUUGUCACGCCGUGUUAACACAGACGACGUUCCAUCAGGUUACGCCUCCGUACCUGUCGCUGUUAACGAUAAUGGGGUUUUAUAUGACACAGUGAUGCUUGCCGGGUCAGCUGAUCUCGAUUCGAUCCAGCCGUUGUCGGGGUGGUGGAUGUAUGAAAAAGAGCGAGCAGAAGAAGCCGAGAAUCGGGCCCAUCUAUGCCCCACGAUUCCAGUCCCUGGCCUUUGUAUCUCGGCCACUAAUUCCUAG